UCCCGGGGCCUUUUUUCGCUGCAAACAAUCGGCUUCUUCCUGCCUGGAAUACAGGGAGGACACUUGGCAGCUGUUGCUGGUCCUGAUACCGACGGCGAAGAUGAUGGAGUUUUUGCAGAUGGCUCCGGAAGGCAAUCGGCUCUUCUACUGGGGGGCGGCAGUGGCCGCCUUGCUUGCCACGCUCGUAGCCACUUUCACUUCUCGCUUUCUGCUUGACCACUACUGGAAGUGGAAGGUGCUGAAGCCCAUCCCGGGGAUAAGCCCCUGUUAUCCGGUGCUGGGCAACGCUCUGCUAUUUGAACGCGACGGGGCAGCUUUCUUUCAUCAACUGAUGUAUUAUAGUGAGGAAUUCCGGAAUUUACCACUUCUAAAGCUUUGGGUAGGACCAUUACCCUUUGUGAUCUUAUAUCACCCAGAAACAGUAGAGGCUGUGCUGAGCAGCUCAAAGAAUAUUGAGAAACCUUAUCCUUACAGGUUUCUCCACCCCUGGCUGGGCACAGGACUUUUGACAAGCACUGGAAACAAAUGGCGGUCCAGAAGAAAAAUGUUAACUCCUACCUUCCAUUUCACCAUCUUAGAAGAUUUCUUAGAAGUGAUGAACGAACAAGCUAGUAUCCUUGUUCAGAAACUUGCAAAACAUGUGGACAAAGAGCCAUUUGAUUGUUUUUUAUACAUUACACUGUGUGCCCUUGAUAUAAUCUGUGAAACAGCUAUGGGCAAGAACAUAGGUGCACAAAGCAAUAAGGAUUCAAAGUAUGUCCAUGCUGUCUAUAGAAUGAGUGAUCUGAUUCAUCAUAGACAGAAGUCACCAUGGCUUUGGCCUGACUUCAUCUACCUUAUGUUUCAAGAAGGAAGAGAGCAUUACAGGAGUCUGAAGAUACUUCAUGGUUUUACUGACAAUGUUAUUGCAGAAAAAGCUUGUGAGCUAAAAAAACAACAGGAACAGCAUAAACCUGAUGCUGUCAGCAACGGUGAGCAAAGCAAGUUGAAAGUGAGGAGAGCCUUCCUUGAUCUGCUUCUGAAUGUUACAGACGAAGAUGGGAAGAAGUUGAGCUAUCUGGACAUUCGAGAGGAAGUAGAUACCUUUAUGUUUGAGGGUCAUGAUACUACUGCCGCUGCGAUGAACUGGACUGUUUAUUUGCUUGCAUGUCAUCCGGAAAUCCAACGAAAAGUUCACAGUGAAGUGGAUGAAAUUUUUGAUAACUCUGACCGUCCUGUCACAAUGGAUGAUUUGAAGCAGCUACGAUAUCUGGAUUGUGUUAUUAAAGAAGCCCUUCGCCUUUUUCCUUCUGUUCCGUUCUUUGCCCGCACUUUCAAUGAGGAAUGCUAUAUUAGAGGAUUUAAGAUGCCAAAAGGAAUGGAUGCCAUAAUUGUGCCUUAUGCACUGCACAGAGACCCUAAUGUCUUCCCGGAGCCUGAAAAAUUCAUACCUGAGCGAUUUUUCCCUGAGAACUCAGCUGGGAGGCACCCAUAUGCAUAUGUGCCUUUCUCUGCUGGACCCAGAAACUGCAUUGGUCAGCGCUUUGCACAGAUAGAAGAAAAGACGAUUCUAGCCAUUAUCCUGCGGCACUUUUGGUUUGAAACCAAGCAAAGACGCGAAGAGCUUGUCCCUGUAGGAGAACUGAUUCUUCGUCCGCAAAAAGGCAUCUGGAUUCAGUUGAAAAGCAGACCACCUUCUGUCUCCUAAAAUAAGAAACCUCAGGAAGAUUCCCUCAGCAAGCACAUUUGAGAGCACUUUCUUCCUCAAUAAAAGCUCUGUAGUUUUCAUAGAAGGCACUUCAGACUACCCAAACCUACUAUUUUUUAAAAAACUAAAAUAAUUAAAAAUACUACGACAACUGAAAGGCAAAUAUUGAUGCUUGUUCAGGUGCUGGAAUGUUCAGAAUGACUUGGAAUUCUUAAUUUCUAUUCAUAAACUGAAGUGACUGCUUUUUCUCAUCCUGCAGGAAAUUGUAAAUUCAUCUUUAAAAAAAGAAGUCACAUCUGUAUUUAUGCAUGAGAAUAUCAAAUUGCACACCUGCACAUACAAAGAUAAUCUACAUAUCAUAUCAUUAUAAUUUUAAUUAAGAAUACAAAGCGGCAAUCCUAAACACUUCCUAUGGAGGAAGGCCCAUUGAAGAUAGUGGGAUUUGCUUCAGAGUAAAAAUGCAUGUGGUUGUGCUGUCAAAGUAUGUGUGAUAUCUGGCCUGUGUUUCAUAACCAUACAUAUGGUUGCAAGGAGUGAACUGCUGCUGCCUGCCCUUUGAACCAAUUUUGAAAUGAACCAACCUUUGAACCAACUCUUUGAAAAACAAAAAGGCCCUUGGCAAAAUUUGACCUGCAGCUCCGAACCUUUGGGAAGAUAGUCUGAUACUGGAAUGUAGUCAAAUGCAUCUGGCUAGAUCCCAAUGAAAUUUGGAGGGGGAAAGGUACAGAAAAUUAAUGACAUAACAUUUUUUCAUGAGCAAUACGUAUAAUAGAGGUUUUGCAUAAGUGAGUUUCAGCUAUUUAUAUUAUAAAAUGUUUUACAUGUUAGAGGAAAGGCUGUUCUUAUAUAAAAUUGAAUGUCUGUUUUAAAUCCACACACACAGCCUCACUGGAUGUGUUAAUAAGUGGAAGGAACAUAGGUUUUGAUGUGAAGGUUGAUAAAGUACACACAAAUUAUUCUUUAAUUCUAGAGGCCUAGCAAUUUAGUCUGUUGUAGCAAAAAUAACAGUUGGUAACAUACUGACUAAUGUUGCAUAUGCGGAAGAACAUUUUGCACACUAAAAGUGGGGAGGGGUGAUAUUUGUCAGUUCCCCUUCCCUCUGUGAUUGAUUGACUGAUUGAUUAAAUGCCAUCAAGCUGGUGUUGACUCUUAGCGACCACAUAGAUAGGUUCUCUCCAGGAUGAUCUCUCUUUAAUUUGGCCUUUAAGGUCUCUCAGUGGUGCAUUCAUUGCUGUCAUAAGUUGGGUCUUCACAUAAUGUGUCCAAAGUAUGAUAGUUUGAGCCUUGAGUGACAAUUCUGUAUUGAUUUGUUCUAUGAUCCAUUUGUUUGUUUUCCUGGCUGUCCAUGGUAUCCUCAGAAGUCUUCUCCAGCACCAAAGUUCAAAACCGUCAAUUCUUUUUCUAUAUUGCUUCUUCAAUGUCCAGCUUUCACAUCCAUAGAGUGUCAUGGGAAAAACUAUUGUCCAAACGAUUCUAGCCUUUGUAGGUAUAGACACAUCACGGCAUCUAAAUAUCCUUUCCAAGGCCUUCAUUGAAAUCCUACCAACUGCUAGUCUGUGGCCUGUUUCUUGACUGCUGGAUCCUUUGCUGUUGAUGCUUGAGCCUAAAAGGCAGAAGCUAUCUACCACUUUAAUGUCUUCAUUAUCAAUUCUGAGGCUGGUUGCUGUACCCAUUCUCAUUAGUUUAGUCUUCUUUACAUUUAGUUGUAGUCCCAUUUUUUCACUGUGCUCCUUGACUUUCAUUACUAGAGCUUGCAGACCGUCCGCAUUCUCAGCUAUCAGAGUGGUGUCAUCAGCAUAGCGCAGGUUACUGAUGUUUCUUCCUCCAACUUUAAAACCACGCUCAUCUUCUUCCAGUCUAGCUUCUUUCAGUUUAUGUUCAGCAUAUAAGUUGAAUAAAUAAGGAGAAAGUAUACAGCUUUGUCAUACUCCUUUGCCAAUCUGGACCCAGUCUGUUUCACAUGUUCUGUCUGGACUGUGGCUUCCUGUCCUGUGUAUAGCUUUCAUUUCCUGGCCUUCAAUUUCAUGGGAUGACUCCUGGUUCUAGUGUUGUGAGAGAGGGAAGGAGAGAGAGAGAGAAUGAGAGAGAGUGAGUAUAAAAUAUUAUAUUCUGAGAUUGUAGAACUGGAAAAGAUGCAGAAGAGGGCAACCAAGAUUAUAAGAGGCCUGGAGCACCUUCCUUAUGAGGCUAGGUUACAGUAUCUGGGGCUUUUUAGUUUGGAAAAGAGGUGACUAUGAUAGAGGUGUAUAAGGGGAGAGAUGAUAGAGGAGACACAUGAUAGAGGUGUAUAAAAUUAUGCAUGGAGUAGAGAGAGUGGACAGAGAAAUUUGUCUUCCUCUCUCACAACACUAGAACCAGGGUGUCAUCCUAUGAAACUGAAGGCCAGAAAUUUAGAACCAACAAAAGGAAGUACUUUUUCACACAGCACAUAAUUAAUCUAUGGACUUCUCUGCCAUGGGAUGUGGUGAUGGCCACUAGCUUGGAUGGCUUAGACAAAUUCAUGGAGGAGAGGUCUAUGUAUAGUUUACAUCUAGCUACCCAACAAAAGCUAUUCCAAGUGGCAUCUAUGUGACAACUGUAAGAUACAUCUCAGGCUCUUAUAUUACUUCUAGCAGUGCACAAGAACCCUGUAUUUCAAUGUAUGCAUGAUAAAUGUUGACAUAUAAUAUCAUUAAAAAGUUGAAGUCAUACUUCAUCCAAUUGUACCAAU